UUCGCUUCUCCCUUGAAAUCCAGCUGAAACGCAGCUGAAAUCCGCGCCACUACCACCACCGGCAGUGCGCCACCAACCCGAGAAAACGUCGCCGUUAAUACAACUAGCCACGCUAGCCUGCCCGCGUCGGUGUCGGCGCCAAGUCGCGGCGCGGCGUGGCGUGGCGAGGACGCGCACCAUGGCGGCGACACUGGCGCAGGAGCCGCGCCACCACCCGUCGCGCCCGCCGCUCGCGCCGGCCGCCGCCCACGCGCCCAACUCCGCCGCCGCCGCGUGCUCGACACCUCGCCGCGGCAAAACCAGCCCCCACGCCUCCUCCCGCCAUGCCUCCUCCUCCUCCUCUUCCUCCUCCCUCCCUUCGUGCUCCGCCGCGCGCGUCGCGGUCACCCCCGCGCCGCACGCCACGGCCACCGCUCCCGUGACGAUGCGGAUGCGGAGCCUGUCGGUGUCGUUCCAGGGGGAGUCGUUCGUCUACGAGACGCCCCGCGCGGCGGCCCCGCGGCGCGCGCCUGCUGCUGCUGCUGCUAGGCCGAGGCCGACCACCCGACGGAGAGGCGAGGCCGAGAACGAGCGGCCGUCGCCGCCGCCGGCGUCGAAGGCGACCGACGCGCUCGCGCGCAGCCUCGACUGCAGCCUCCACCGCAAGGAGUCCAUCCUCGCCGCCGUUCGCCUCCUGCGCAGCUCAAUCUCUCCCGGCAACGCCGCCGCCGCCGCCGCGCCCGACGCGGACGCGGCCACCGACACCGACACCGACGCCGCGCCGCCCAGUAUCCCCACGCAGACGAGGUUCUGGCAGGAGACGAACAGCCGCCUGCGGCGGCUACCGGAGUCCGGGCUGCCGCACCCGAUCUCCACCUCCCGGAAGCCAUUCUUGGACGGCCCAAUCUCGCCGACGCUGCUGGAGACCUCGCCGGCGAACGCGCCGUCCAUCAUCAGUUUCGCGACGGCGGUGAGGAGGGCGAACAAAGGGGAGGACAAGAUCGAGGAGGCGCACAGGCUGCGGCUGCUCGACAACCGCCAACUGCAGUGGCGCUGCCUCAACGCUCACGCCGACGCCGCCGCCGUUGCCCGGAGCUGCGCUGCCGAGAAAGCUCUGCAUAGUGCAUGGAAAGAUAUAUCCACAUUACGUGACAAUGUGAGUUUCAAAAGGAGCAAACUUCAGCUUCAGAAACAGAAACUCAAAUUAUUUGGCAUUCUCAAAGGACAGAUAUCGUACCUAGAAGAGUGGUCUGAUGUUGAAAACAAUCAUUCCAGUUCUAUGUCUGAAGCAAUCAAAGCAUUAGAGGCUAGCACCAUUCGUCUUCCAAUUGUUUGUGGUGCUAAGGCUGAUGCACAAGGUGUCAAGAAAGUUGUCAGCUCUGCACUAACCAAAAUGGAUACAAUGGCUUCUUCAAUGUGGUCUUUAUUGUCAAAGGUUGAAGGAAUGAGUUCCAUGGUGUUUGAGCUAGCGAAAGUUGUUUCACAAGAACAAAUGUUGUUGGAUCAAUCAAGAGACCUCUUUUCUGCGGUAGCAGUCAUGCACGUUAAACUGUGUAGCUUGCAAGCUUGUAUUCUGCAAAGAAACUAGAAGCUUGGCCAGGCACAGCUGUAGGUCAAUUUGGACACCAACCUUCUUGGCCAGUAACAUCAGAUGGCCUGAAUUGUUCUAACGGGAGAGACUAGGCAAUGAAACCUGUCUAUAGUUAACUGCAUACACUGAACAGCAUCAGAAUAUGAGAUCUCACAACUCACGGAGGAACAGUUUGUUUUUUUGGGUGUGCAUAUAUCAUACAAGAUUUACCUGAGAUGUUUGCAGAGAAUGUAUAUAGAGAACUUAAUGUUGCCGACCCUUUUUUUGGGUGUGCAUAUCAUAGAAAGUCUGCCUGAAAUGUUUCUUAGGGGGAUGUAUAUAGAGAAUACAAAGGGUGUAUGUCGAAAUGAAAAUCUUACAAUUUGCGUGCUUACUCCCAUAUUUUAUGUCC